GCUUUAGAGCCAAAAUGGCGUAAUUUUCCUCAUUUUGGUUGUGUGACACGUUCCUAAACCAAUCGCGUCCUAAAGACAAAUAGCUAUCGUCUGCUUACCCAAUCAGAAAUAACCCAGUAGGCGGGAUAUCCGCAUAUCGGGAAAAGGGUAGGGUUGGGUGUUGUGGAUUUGUGGAGCUGUUGCAUGCAGUAGGACUCGAACCUUAUUGUCAUCGCAUUGUUUUAAUUUCGGGGCUUCAUUUUUCUGUGCUUAUUUCGGAGACAUGCCUGGGAUCGAUAAACUUCCGAUAGAAGAGGCGCUGGAGGACAGUCCUCAGACGAGGUCCUUGCUGGGGGUCUUUGAGGAGGAUGCAGCAGCUAUCUCCAGCUACACCAGCCAGCUCUUUCACGCUAUGCAGAGGAUUUAUGAUGCUCAGAACGAACUGAGUGCGGCCACUCACCUGACCUCCAGACUCCUGAAGGAGUACGAGAAACAGCGUUUUCCUCUAGGGGGUGAUGACGAAGUCAUGAGCUCUACACUACAGCAGUUCGCCAAGGUCAUUGAUGAGCUCAGCUCCUGUCAUGCAGUCCUGUCAACACAGCUGGCUGAUGCGAUGAUGUUCCCCAUCACCCAGUUCAAGGAGAGGGAUCUAAAAGAAAUUCUCACUCUUAAGGAGGUCUUCCAGAUUGCCAGUAGUGAUCAUGACAUAGCGAUCAACAGAUACAGCAAGCUCUCAAAGAAGAGGGACAAUGAGAAGGUGAGGAAUGAAGCAACGGAGGAUGUCUACACAUCCCGGAAGAAGCAGCACCAGACCAUGAUGCACUACUUCACAGCACUCAACUCUCUGCAGUACAAGAAGAAGAUUGCGCUGCUGGAGCCAUUGCUGGGAUACAUGCAGGCACAGAUCAGCUUCUUCAAGCUGGGUUCAGAGAACCUGACGCAGCAAUGGGAGGACUUCCUGACCAACAUUGGUACAAGUGUGCAGAAUGUCCGCAGGGAGAUGGACAACGAUGUGAAUGUGAUGCAGCAGACCAUCCAGGACUUGGAGCAAGGCAGUGACCUUCUCUAUCUGCCUGACCCCGAUCCCAGCAAGAUACCCAUCAACCGCAACCUGACCCAGAAGGCCGGCUACCUCAACACCCGCAACAAGACAGGUCUGGUCUCAUCAUCCUGGGAGCGACAGUACUUCUUCACCCAAGGGGGGAACCUGAUGAGCCAGGCGCGGGGGGAUGUGGCCGGGGGUCUUGUCAUGGAUAUUGAUAACUGCUCCGUGAUGGCAGUGGACUGCGAGGACCGACGCUUCUGCUUCCAGAUCACGUCCUUCGAUGGCAAGAAGGUGGCCAUUCUGCAAGCCGACAGCAGGAAGGACUGUGAGGAGUGGAUCGCCACCAUUAACAACAUUUCCAAGCGUAUCUAUCUCAGCGAAAACCCUGAGGAAAUUGCCGCGCGGGUGAACCAAUCUGCUCUCGAGGCGGUGACGCCCUCACCCUCCUUCCAGCAAAGGCACGAGAGCCUACGGCCAGGCGUGCAAGGCCGUCCCAAGACAUCUCGGACCAGCAGCCAGGGCUCUGAUUCUCCAGCCCUCUCCUCACUCUCGUCCCUGUCUCUGGACUCGCUGGUGGCCUCCAACACACCCAUCCAGUUUGACAUCAUCUCACCUGUCAGCGAGGAGACAGGCAGCCAGGCCAAAACCACUGGGCAGGGGGGCAGAAGGACAAACCCUUUUGGGGAAUCUGGAGACAGUCAGUCGGAAGAUGGUUCAGACUCCAUCCUGCACCAGCUGUACAUCGUGCGCUUCCUGGGCUCCAUGGAGGUGCGGGCCACAGACAGCUCGGACGUCAUCUAUGAGACAAUGCGCCAAAUCCUGGCCGCUCGUGCCAUCCACAACAUUUUCCGCAUGACAGAGUCCCACCUCCUGGUCACCUGCGACUGCCUUAAACUUAUUGACCCCCAGACCCAGGUCACACGGCUCAGGUUUCCCCUCUCUAGCGUGGUACUCUGCGCUUCUCACCAGGAGAACAAGCGCCUCUUCGGCUUCGUCCUACAGAUGGGCGGUGGCGGUCGGGCCGAGGGCCAGCUUGGCUCCAUCUGUUACAUCUUUGAGUCCAACAAUGAUGGGGAGAAGAUAUGUGACAGCGUUGGUUUGGCAAAGCAGAUUGCCUUCCACUCAGAGAUGGUGAGGAAAGCUCAGCUCAGGGCGCAAGGCCUCCGAGAGGCAGAGGGAGCUGGUCAAAGCCAAGGAGAAGCAACAAGAGGAGCUGAGCAAGCAGAAGCAGAUCGAGAAGGACCUGGAGGAACAGAGCCGCUUGAUAGCAGCCUCUAGCCGACCCAACGCCGCCGCCACUGCCUCCGACAAGCAGUUCAUGGUGCUCAGCAACAGCCAGUCUGAGGACAGCGACACGGGAGAGGACAGUCGGAAGAAGGGAGAGUCGGAAGCCUGACAUGAGCAGCAAGGACCUGUGCGAAACCUCCUUCUGGAGCUCCUCCUUCCAGAACUUGAGCUUCUCCCUUUCGGCAUUCACAGGGAGCAAGGGCAAAGUGACACCCCCACCCCCCACCCCGAAGAAGGAAAACAAUUCUAGCAAAAGAUGUCAAAUGACCUGCAGAUUCAGUUGUUUCCCUGAUAUUUUUUCUAUAAAUCCAGUAUUUUAUACCAGCUUCUAUAUUCAGACGGUUUUCAAAAAUGUUUUAGAACAAUGUUUUAUUAUAUAGAGUAAUUCAGUGCUGAAACCCUACAUCAUGCUAAAAUAUGAAGGUGAAGUGAUACAUGAAGCUUUUUUCAGGGGGUGUCAUCAUGCCUGGUGAAACCAGUCUUAUAACACUGAUAACUGGUAAAAUGCAGACAACCUUCUAUUAUCUCCUGUUCUUAUAUCAUUACGCAGAUAACAGAUUUGCAUGAGCUGCAUAUCUUGCUGAGGGAGCGUGCGCCGCUCUUCCCGGCGGCUCGGUUCCUUUGCUUUGCGGAUUGCAGAGCCGAGUCUCUGUGCGCGCUGCUGUCUGUCGGCUGUUUUUGUCACUAACUGCGGUGUCCCUCCGGCACAGUCAGAGCUCCAGCCCUCUUGCGGCUGAAGUUCUGUCACAGCUGAGUAGAGCGUGUUUUUAUGGCCAAUAUUUUUUGCAUACGUCACCGACUUGUACACCACAGCAUUCCCUACGAAACCUGCAGUAUCCGUGGACCCUUGUUUCAAUACAGCGAAUUAAAAGGCUGGUGUCCUUUCAAGAAUUAAAAUAUCCAUUUAUUAUACUGUAUUUCGGAGCAAGGGUGCAGUCAUUGUUCCUGCCACUGUGUCAGAAAGUCCAUUUUUCUUUUCCCUCCCUCAAGAUCAGUGUUUCCAUCCUGUGUGGCCUCACGAUGGCCCCUGUCUGGGUCUCGCACAAAGCUGUGUGUCGCAAAGCGAAGUCUGGCAGGCGUUCUGCGUGUAAAGACCGGCCUGACCACUCGCUCAUUUUUAAAUCCAAACCAAAUAGGAGCAGAGAAACACAAGUGUACCUGAGCGUAUCCACCAAGUGACACCUGGAGGUUGGCACUUGAAUAAGUCCUGUGCUGAGUGUAAAUAAGAGUAAAUCUCUUUUUGAAUGUCACUAUUGCUUUUUUCCCUCUACACUAACACAAAGGUUGAAAAACAGAUGCAGCAGUACUUGAGCACUUUGGAAAAAGUGUUUCUCCCACAUAACUUUGUCAGUGGGAUUUGUAUCAAAGCAGUGAGAUGGAUUGGGUUUUUUUUCUUUGCACUAACCUCUAAACUGACUAAAAAUUAGUUCUUUAUGUAUUAGACUAAUUUCAGAUUCAACAGUUGUGGAAAAUUUCUGAAAAUUAAUUUGUACAUGUCCCUUUUACAGUUGUCUGUAUACAUGUUAUGUACUGUAUACAUUGUGUGCAAUUUAAAAUUUAGAUGGAUGGCAUUGUGAUGUAUCAAUUGCUUUAAAAUGUUUUACAUACAAGGAGCGGUCUGAUGGGACAAAGUUACUGGGGAGGGGGAAGUUUGUCCACUGAAAUAUAGAAUGUUGGUUUUUGUAUUUCAGGGGCCAAACAGGUAACAUGAAAUGGAAAUGAAUAUUGCAGCCAUGAUCAAUAUCCUCCCCAAUUCAAAGUGCUUUCUGGGGGGUGUCUGAUCAUUUCUGGAACUGUAACAGUUGUGUAUAAAAGCUCAAAGCAAGGUGAACUGCACUUUAGCAUUGUGGGACAGGGAAUUUGGAGCUACAGACAUUUAUUGUACAUAUCAGUGACUCUUAACAGGAAGCAACUUUUUCAGGAUGCCACUAAAUCCCUUAAACAAUAAAUGUAC